AUAUUGACUGGCAGGGGGUGUAAUAUAACAUUGUUUAGACCGUUUAGAUCGUAUUGCACCGUGGUUUUUAUAGAUAUAAUAUCAACUUCAGGUAGCUUGAAUGAAUUAUAAAUGGUCCUCAGAUGGAUGAUCAAAACACUUGUAGGACAGACAGUGUAGUCUCUACGCCUCUUUACUUCAUUUAAGUGUGUACUAUUUUAUAUUUUCGAGUGAUUUUCUUGGCGCCUCAGCAAUGGAUCAUGACACAAUUACUUUGCUUUUGGUCCUUUUAUCACUCUGUUGGACUGGAGGGCAAUGUGGAACAAAUGUCGUGCAGGUCCCCAUCGGACUAGAAAGUGGGGCGAUAUCAGCUUCGAGUAUUACAGCUUCUAGUCAGCGGGACGUGACAGAGGGUCCUCAGAGGGGGCGGCUACACAUGGCUGCAGUAGAAAAACAGGGUGGAGGCUGGGUCGCCAGAAAAGCUAAUAAAAAACAGUGGAUUCAGGUUGAUCUGUUAACUCCGUACCGCAUUACCGGAGUGGCAACGCAAGGUCGUUUGGGUGAAGAACGAUGGGUAACCAGCUUCAAGAUUGCCUGCAGUACGGACAACAAUAUCUUUGAUACAGUGAAAGACGCCGUCGACCCCGAAGCUGACAAAAUAUUUCCUGCCAACAGUGACGGCAACACCGUAGUGUUCAACGCCUUGCCCGCGGUUAUUUUUUGCCGGUAUGUCCGUCUAAUACCUGUCACCUGGCAUACUUUUAUUGCACUGCGUAUGGAGCUGUAUCAAGAAGGCAGUGUAACAGGAACAGAUGCCGAGCAGGUUCCUAUCGGACUGGAAGGUAGGGCGAUACCAGAUUCGAGUUUUACAGCUUCUAGUCAGAAAAACAGUAUAUUUAACCCUUGGAGGGGGCGGCUACGCAUAGCUGCAGAGCAUAAACGGAGUGGAGGCUGGGUCGCAAAAAAAGCUGAUAUCAAUCAGUGGAUUCAGGUUCAUCUGUUAACACCGUACCGCAUCACUGGAGUGGCAACGCAAGGUCGUUCGGAAGAGUCCCAAUGGGUAACCAGCUUCAAGAUUGCCUGCAGUUCGGACAAUGUGAUCUUUGAUACAGUGGAAGACCCCGAUAACACCAACGCCGACAAAAUAUUUCUUGCCAAUAGUGACCGCAACACCGUAGUGUUCAAUCCCUUGCCCGAGGCCAUUUUAUGCCGCUAUUUGCGUCUAAUACCUGUCGCCUGGACUGGUUUUAUUGGAUUGCGUAUGGAGCUGUAUCGAGAAGGGACUGUAACAGGUCCCAUCCAGGAUGCUAGCCCUCUAGGCCUAGAAAGCGGGGCUAUCCCAGAUUCGAGCUUGACAGCUUCUAGUGGGUGGGAUGCUGAUGAAGGUCCUUCUAGAAGCCGGUUAAACAUAGCUAGAGUCGGAACCCUGAGCGGAGGAUGGUCUGCAGUAACAAACGAUUUGCGGCAGUGGAUUCAGAUUGAUCUUUUAGCUACGUACAGCAUCGUAGGAGUGGCAACACAAGGUCGUGAGGAUUUGUCCCAGUGGGUAACAAGCUUCAAGAUUGCCUGCAGUAUGAAUAGUGUUAGCUUUGAGACAGUGAAAGACCCCACUAACACCGACAACGACAAUAUCUUUCCCGGCAAUACUGAUCGAAACACCGUGGUUUACAAUCGCUUUCCCGUGCCAAUGUCGUGUCGAUAUGUUCGCCUUUUACCUUACACAUGGCAUGAACAUAUUUCCCUUCGUAUGGAGUUCUUUGGAGAACUCCUUGCAUCAACUGACGCAUCAACAACCAUGGACACCACGAUGAACGAAUUACAGACUACUGCAGGUGAGACUACUGCUUAUUCGGAGACGAUACAAGGCGAUCAGGGAACGACCAGGACAGCAUCAACAACCUUGAAGACAUCAAGUGAAGGAACUGUCGCUAUGACCGCACCGACCAGAGCAACGCCCCCAUGGCUUCAAGCAUCAACUGACGCACCAACAACCAUGGACACCACGAUGAACGAAUUACAGACUACUGCAGGUGAGACUACUGCUUAUUCGGAGACGAUACAAGGCGAUCGGGGAACGACCAGGACAGCAUCAACAACCUUGAAGACAUCAAGUGAAGGAACUGUCGCUAUGACCGCACCGACCAGAGCAACGCCCCCAUGGCUUCAAGCAUCAACUGACGCACCAACAACCAUGGACACCACGAUGAACGAAUUACAGACUACUGCAGGUGAGACUACUGCUUAUUCGGAGACGAUACAAGGCGAUCGGGGAACGACCAGGACAGCAUCAACAACCUUGAAGACAUCAAGUGAAGGAACUGUCGCUAUGACCGCACCGACCAGAGCAACGCCCCCAUGGCUUCAAGCAUCAACAAACAUGGACACCACGAUGAACGAAUUACAGACUACUGCAGGUGAGACUACUGCUUAUUUGGAGACGACACGAGGCGGUCAGGUAACGACCGGGACAGCAUCAACAACCUUGAAGACAUCAAGUGAAGGAACUGUCGCUGUGACCGCACCGACCAGAACAACGCCCCCAUGGCUUCAAGGUCUGCUGCGUGUUUUAGCGGAUAUGAACGAGACAGAAACCGUAGUUUUUGCAAUUUCGACGACCAUAACGGUGUAUUUCACAUUUCUCAUGCUUGCUCUCCUUCUUCGCUGCAUCGCCCGUGGGAAUAAAGGAUUACACAAAAAAGAGGUGGAACUAGACCAAAAACGCCCCCACCGGAUGUAUGAGCUAGUCAGAAUCCCUUCAUGAUGACUGCAGUAUCGCACCAACGAUGACAAAACCAAAUUACGUCUAAUUUUUACUUUGCAUUCAUUGCCAGUUUUACAUGAAUGAAAGACAAAGCUAAACGUGGAAGACGAUUUUUCUCGCGAAUUUGCCCCUUGCAAUUCGAUGAAACCUCGAGAUGGAAUAUGUACAAUAUGUUAAAUAAAAUGUCUUUUUGAGGAUAACUAAUUGAAA